AUGUUAGUACGAAGUAACCACAGUUAUUUGAGUUUUUAUGGAUAUGAUUGUAGUGGAAAACGACUGUUACUUUUUAAUAUUUGGUAUCAUAUUGCUUUUGUUUAUAAUCUUACAGGAGGACUUCGACAAUCAAUUUUUAUCAAUGAUCAACUUGAUAAUAGUGUUAUCCCUUCGGUUGGUUUGAAUCCAAUGAUGAAUAUUCCAUUAACUAUCGGUAAUAUACAAAAUCUUGUUAAUUCUGAAGCAUAUCAUGGAUAUAUUGAUCAAUUAUCAUACAGUAGUCGACCAAAAUCUUCCAAUGAAAUACUUGAUGAUGCUACUCUUGUCUUCUAUUUUGCUUUUAAUAAUAAUUCAUUUCUUGAUUCUGGUCCAAAUAGAAUCAUUGGAACAUCAUACAAUGUUAUCUUAAUUAAUGAUGCUCUUCAAUUUUAUCAAUCUUUUUCAUAUUUUCAAAUCGAAACUUUCAUCCUUCCUAAUAUCGAUAAUGCAUCUUCUUCUAUUGCACUAUGGAUUAAUCCAUCUUCAACUAAUUCGACAAGUAUCGUUCAUGUUUCAAACAACUUUUCAUGUUGGAAUAUGAUCUCAUUGAACGAUCAAGGUCAUAUUAUCUUAGAAUAUCCCCAAAAUCAAACAAUCAUGGGUCCUUCGGUGAUUUCAAAUUCAUGGACACAUAUUACACAGACAUAUUCGAUAAAUAAUGGAAUUAAACUUUAUAUUAAUGGAACAUUAUUUAAUCAAACAUACUCUUCAAGUUCUUUUUCAAUCGAUCCAUCAUAUACAAUCACUGUUGGCAAUUGUUCACAAAAUUGUUACGUAUGUGACGUUAAUGGAACUUCAUAUGAUGGUUUUAUCGAUGAAUUUCGUGUGUAUACGCGUGAAUUAAAUGCGAGUAAUGUUCAAAAAUUAACAAUUCAAUCAAAAUGA